ACCUCGCCUGCUCUGCACCGUCUUCAAUAGCGAACACUCCCCCUUGGUAAGGGGUUAUUUGUGCCAAAAUGAAGCUCGUCAGAUUUUUGAUGAAAUUGAACAAUGAGACAGUGACCAUAGAGCUCAAAAAUGGGUCUAUCGUGCACGGGACGAUCACUGGCGUGGACAUGCAGAUGAACACACAUCUGAAGACGGUUAAGAUGACCGCUCGCAACCGUGAACCGACAACCCUCGACUCACUCUCCAUCCGCGGAAACAACAUCCGUUACUUCAUUCUUCCAGACGCCCUUCCCGUCGAUACCCUUCUAGUCGACGAUGCGCCUAAACCCAAGGCCAGGAAGAGGGACGACGCGCGGGGACGUGGACGAGGCAGAGGGGACCGGGGUCGUGUUCGCGGAAGGGGCCGUGGCAGGGGACG